AUGGCAUCCCCACCAAAAGCAAGUUAUAGGCUUUCCAAUUUGCAUGUGAAUCUUUUCAGGAACGUAUAUCUUAUCUCCACCGAUGGAAGCUUAUUCUUCAAAGCGUCGUCUAUGCAAGAACUUCGAAUUUAUCGCCAGCUCGCUAUGGCUCACUCUCAGCUGCUUUCGUUUGUGCCUAGCCUGGUUGGAAUAUAUAAGUGUAAGGAGGACGCCCUCGAUCUUAUUAUGGACCUAUCUGGGGACCUCUGCAGUGUCGAUUUUGGAGUCCUCGAAUCUCUGCUAGCGACGGCUACAAAGUGUCGCACCUUUAAUUGUCAUGAACCUAUUUUCACUGCGUUAAAGAAUUUACAUAAUAGUAAUGAUACCCAAUCCAAGAUUUAUUUUAUGGAUCUAAAGUUGGGAUUUAUUACGUUUCCGCUAGGUGCACAGCAGAGCAAGAUUCAAUCGCAGGAAGCGAAGGCCAGAGAUACCACAACGUCUACGCAUGGCGUGCGCCUGAUGGGUGCCGUUUUGCCGGUGAAAAGCAGGACUUCGACGACAGAGUCCGUGCUGCUCACCAAAACGGAGGGUAGAGCAUGCUCCUAUGACGAUAUCUUGGCGCAUCUAUGCACCCUCUUUCCAGACAGACGCAGUCUCGGCCAACUUGUUGCGCGUCUACAGGCUCUGUCUGCGUCUCUCUUGGGAGAGUGUCUCCACAUGUGCGGUCCGAGUCUCUUGAUUUCUAGCACCCACCAGGGUCAGAUAGACAACCACGCUUCACACAACGCAUUGCCUAGUGUCUUCUUGGUAGACUUUGCGCACACAUACACCCGGGACCAGGCGGUCGCACUGUGCACCGACAGGCACAUUCUGUCCACCACUGCAAGUACCACCAUAGCCGCAUGCAUAGAAAACUUGUCCCAUAAUUUACAAGCGUAUCAUGCCUUCUAG